CUGAUUUCUUGCAAGUGCCUUACAAUUAAAGGUCUCCUCUCAAAAAUAACCUAUAAUUCGCACACCGUGUACACGAGGGGGGCAUGUGAAGGCCUAACGUUACACGAUUUUGCACACAUGCGGGUUGAAUAACCAACACCCCUCGAUCUGACGCAAGUCUUGUAGCGAGGAUAACGCUGGGUAAAUUGAUGCAUUCAGUGUCAAAUUCGGGCUCUGGGGUCUCUCAACCCCUCUUUAUGCACCCAAAAGUGAAUUUAGUCGGCGUUAAUCGUAAGGACUGCAUUUAAAAGGACCACAAGAGUCCCAAAGGAAAGUGCGAUGGCUUCGACACCCUCCGCUUCAGCCCUGUCAGCAGUUCUCCGGUGUCAGGGGAAUAUCCUCGCCCGAAAACAGGCGAACAAGAAGCGGCCUCCAGCUUCGGUGUACGGGCUCGGGAUGACAUGCGGAGAUUCGGUCAAAUCUUAUUUUCGCUCUCUUUGGGGAUUCAUAUUUCACAGGGAGCGAGUGGAGAUUCCCGGAGUUUUGUCCGUUACAGCGCGAUUUGAAACGGGCUGUUCAGGAAAAUCUUCGAGAAGAAAUGGUGAAUCCAAAGAUCUUCUGGUCAAAAGCUCCCUAAAGACUGACAACAAAAUGUUAACUAUGAAAGUAUCAAGUGAACCAAAUCAAUGGCCAAAGACGAAACUGACGUCGAACAAUACUUUUGCUUUUAAAUCCCAGCGUUAUCCAAACGUUGUUUUAUCCAAAAACAGCCUGGUUCUUCGACUGGAUGGCACGUAUUUACGAAAACUAAACUCUGAUUAUCCAUGGACUUGUUGUAUUUGUGUAGUUUGCGCUCGGAGUAAGAGCACGCUGAACUACAGUAAUGUGAAUCCAUUGUUUUCUCUUGGUUUAUUGUGGAUUUUAAAGAAUAAACGGAUAUAUUUAACAACCGCAGUGUCAGACAGUGUGCGGGAACUUGGAAUAGGCUGGAACCAGCUUCAUCCGGAUUUUGAUAAGUGUGUCAAAUGUACUUCUGAACAUCAUGAGGAUCAAGACACUGGAAGGAGUUGAACCUGGGAAAUGAUUUUUCUUCUAAAGACAAUAUGGAUGGCAUGCACGUCACACAAAUGCACUUUCAUCGAUGUGAAAUGUCAGUAAUUGUACUCUUAUGUUCUUUCAUGCGCUGUCUUCUUCACUUCAGCUUUAUGGAAUGUAUUGUAUUGUUUUAUACACUGUCUGCUUGAUUUUGCACUGUUAUUGCCACCCAAAUUUUCCCUAUGUGGAUAAAGAAAAUAUUAUUACUAUUAUACUAUAUUACCAAACUGCUGACCAUAAUCAGCUUUUCUAAUAAUACCUUUUUUAAAUGUUUAAAAGUAUGAACAAGAAGUUUGACUUUGUGUAAAUAGGCCACAUAAUAAUAAUAAUAAUAAUUAA